AUGUAUAUUAUAAAUUUUAUUGCAUGUUUUGUGGUCACUGUAAAUGCAGGCCCCGCUACUGAAUCUUUUAAGAAUCAAUAUUGCACGGAUCCCAGAACUAUGAAGAAACACUCUGCCUAUACUGAGUGGGCAGACGCCUAUUCCUGCACAAGGCAUCGCUGCCAACCUGGUGGACGAAAUUUGGCCAUUUAUACCGUUGGAUGCAAGCGUGUAGAACCACCCGAAUCAGCGAUAGAAUGCGAAGAAGUAGUAGAAGAUACUAACAUGCAGUUUCCAUAUUGUUGCACACGUCUGAGGUGUUUAGUUGUGGUUCGCGGGGAAGUGUGGACCCGAGUUUUGGGACAGCCUUGGGAGACGCUUCCCGCUGCGCCAUGGAGUCAUAUGUACAAGAUGAAGAAACCUCCUCCUACAGACAGCACUUUCUUGCCCAAGAUCGGCGAGGGACCCAUAUACGAGCUUGCGGUGGACACAGAUGAUGGCGCCGAGAAGGUGCUGAGAGCGUCGAAGGCGACCACUGCCAACCCUGACUGCAAAGACUCACCGCCACGGGCUAAUUCUAAACCGGACAUCGUUAUCGCAUUGGCUACGAACAAAGAUGAAAAGCAAUCUAAUAAUGCUGAAAUAACUAAUAGAAGAAAACGCGUCAAAAAAACCACAACACGACCAUUUUCAAAUCUGGACGUAGAAGAGGAAGCACCUGAAUCGCAUAACGAGGUUGAGAAUGACUACAUGCACACCACGGAGAAGCCACUGGAAUCAUCAGACGAAAAGUAUUUUGCAAACGCUUUUGCAGUAACAGAAAGUGCCCCGUCUAAGCAGUCUAAAUCCCGUCAAAUUGAUUGGACCGAAAUACCACCGAGCCAGUGGAACGAGCACGAACCCUCCAUGGACGCCGAAUCGCCGCCUAGGGAGACGAGCGUUUAUCAUCAGGCCGAUGUCCGAUCCGACCAAGAGAAGAAAGACGAGAAGCCGUCCAACCUGCAGGCGCUGGUGGACGCCAUCGGCACGAGGAUGCGCGACAUAGAGAGCGUGGUGCAGAGGAUGAGUCAGAAGGUGCACCGCGUGAAACCCGACCAACACGACUUCGGGAACGGCGUUGCCAGCGUAGAAAGAAGGUCCGACAUCCAACUGCAGACCCGUAAACAUCUAAACGUUGAAACAAAAGAACACGAGAAUGAUGGCGUCAUUUCUAAAGGACAGCAUUCGAACUCGGAUGGCGAAAAUUACUUACGAAGCGGUAAGCGAAUGCGAGGCACUACGGAAGCUACCAGCGAGCAACCUCUCUUUGUAGAAGACACUAAUCUAAACGGAUACUUGAGUGAUGUCAGCAAUAAUAUAUAUAGGAGGACUGGUUCUCCGAAAGAACCAAUUGAAACUUAUAUGGCCCCAGUGGAAAAUCGGCCUAAAACAAUGAUACAUGCAAUAGUCGACAACUCAGGAGAGAUUGAAAAGACAAAGAAAAAGAAACACACACAUAAAAAGAAAAAAGGCAAAAGUCACAAAAAGCAUCAUGCUAAAGACGAUAAGAAAAAACGUUUUAACCGAAUUCAUUCAUCGGAGAUAGAAACUAACAUUGUUUCUCUUGAAGAUAGCAGUUCUGUUAUUGCUCGC